AUGGGAGAGGCGUUGGCAGCGGCCAGGCUCCUCCAGUUGCCACGCGACGAGCUUCUGGAGAUCGAGGGCGCGCUGCACUUCGGCGACCGCGCCCGGCACGCGCCCCCCCUGGAGGCUGCAGGAGGCGCCCCGCAGUUGCCUGACGGCUUGCCGUUGCAAGCGCAGGCCUUCGAGUGCGUCAUCGCGGGCCACAGCACGUUGCUGCGUGCCGAGGCGCCCGCCUUUGCCCCCAGCUGCGCAGGCGAGGUGGCAGCCAGGGCGCGGGAGUCCGCCCUGUUGGCAGCGCUCGAGGUGGCCCAGGUGCCUGGUGAGAGGGGCAUCGAUGAGGUGAAGAAGGCCGUCGACCAGGUGCUCGGCAAGAAGGUGUUCAUCGAGUCGCCCUGCACGCAGAAGGGCGAGACGUUCGAGGAGCAGGUGCUGGACGUCACCGGCGACGACGUGGGCGUCGACCAGGUGCUCGGCGUUAAUGCGUUCAUCGAGCCGCUCUUCACGCAGGAGGGCGGGGCGCUCGAGGAGCAGUCGAUGGACGUCAUCCGCAACGACGCGGGCGUCGACCAGGUGCUCGGCGAGGACGCGUUCAUCGAGCCGCUCUUCACGCAGAAGGGCGAGACGUCCGAGGAGCAGGUGCUGGACAUCAUCCGCGUCGAGGUUGGCGUCGACCAGGUGCUCCGCGAGGAUGCGCUCGUCGAGCCGCUCUUCGCGCAGAAGGGCGAGGUGUUCGAGGAGCAGGUGCUGGACGUCAUCAGCAACGACGCGGGCGUCGACCAGGUGCUCGGCGAGAACGCGUCUAUCGAGGCGCUCUUUACGCAGAAGGGCGAGACGGCGCUGGACGUCAUCAGCGACGACGUGGGCGUGGACCAGAGGCUCGGCGAGUACGCGUUCAUCGAGCCGCUCUGCACGCAGAAGGGCGAGACGGUGCUGGGCGCCAUCAGCGACGACGGGGGCGUCGACCAGGUGCUCGGCGAGAAUGCGUUCAUCGAGCCGCUCUUCACGCAGAAGGGCGAGACGUUCGAGGAGCAGCGGCGCUGCGCGACGGGCGCGCUGGAGACGGACCAGCCCACCCCGAAGCAGCAGAGGCUCAGGGGCCACUCGGGCUCGGAGUGCGGGUUCGUUUCGUUCCUGGACGACUUCUCGGUGGUGGCGGUGGCGCGUGCGGCCCAGGGGCCGAAGUCGGGAGUGGAGUCGCCCCUGGACUGGGCCGAGGCCCGCGCCUUCGGCGCCCACCUCGGCAGUGCAGGUUGUCCAGAUGCCGAGGCGCGACCGCUCAGCCCGUGCGCCUGGGGCCAUGGCGCGCUCCUCGCGUGGCGGCAGCAGUGGCAAGCUCAGCAGGCCGUACUGGAUGUGCAGCUGCGGAGGUUGGUACUGGGACUGGCGAGCCUCUUGCUUCAGCUGCGGGUAUGCAGCGCCGCCCUGGGCUCUGGGGUCAGCCCCGCCGCGGGGAAGCCCAAGGCCGACAAGGACGGCUGGGUGGACCAGCCGAGGGGGCGCAAAGCCCAGCUGCAGGCCCGCAGCGCUGCCUCGCGAGCGGCAUCCGCCAAGUCGCAGACCUCGGCGUCUGCGGCCAGUGGGGCGCCGAGUGGCGGUGGAGUCACGGCUGUCGAGAGGCUGCAGGCGACGGUCGAGCAGCCGGAGGCGCUGCAGGCUGGGCCGCCCGAGGGCGUGGACGGCAGCUUCACCAGCGUCGUGGCCAGCCAGCUGGAGUCGAAGCGGGCAGAGCUGGCCAAGGCCCAGCAGGCAGCAGCGGAGCAGAAGGACCUGGAGCAGAAGCAGGCGGCGCGCGACCUCGCGGAGGCCCAGCUCCAGAAGGCCCGGGAGGAGCUCGCGGAGCGGGGCGGCGCGCUGGAGGAGGCCAGCAGGGCGCUCCAGGUCCUCGAGGCCCGGGCCUCCAGCAACUUCGAGGUCGCGUGGGCAGCCAUCCGCGCCCAGAUGGAGGCGGUGCGAGCGCAGCUCGCUGGGCCCCCCUUGGCCCCCACGCAAGCGCCGCGGGCAGAGUCCUGCCCCGUGGACGAGAUCAGCAGCGACGACGGCAACGACGGCAACCUCGCAGGCAGCAGCGGCCCCUGGCAGCCCCAGGCCGCAGCGGAGCGCGGCCAAGCCGAGCGGUAUGGCAACGCGCUCGGCGAGUGGCCGCAGGUGGCGCAGGCCUGCAAGCGGGAGCUGGCAGCCGAGGCAGCGAACCUGGUGCCCAGCCGCGUGGAGUGCACUCGCAGGCAGGUGGAGCCCUGCCGUUGGUCCUGGGAGGUGGGCUCCCACCCGAGCGCCCCCAAUGAGGCUGCUCGCCAGUGGAUCCAAGUAGUCGAGUGCACCUUGGUGGGGAUCCAUGGCGUCGACGACGGCGACCUACGCAGGUACCUGGGACGGGCCGAAGGGCCCAUUGCGGUCCUCAUGCCCCUCAGCGCGGCGGUCAAGCACGAGUGCCGCCACCGACACUCGGCCCCCGCCCACGCCAUGCGCCAGGCCCUCGACGUAGCGCUGCAGAGGCUCACAGAUGGCAGGAGGCGGCGCUGGCAGCCCUCGCGCGGGGCUAGGGAUUUGUGGCAGGUGGUGCUUUGCCUAGACGAUGUGGAGGCAGCCACCACAUCAGCCUGUGAGGAGGACGAGUUCGGGCCCUCGAGUUCGGCACUAGCGAGUGGAGCGACCUCGUUGGCCAAGUUGGAGUACUUGAGCAUCUCGAGGCGCGCUUGUGGCGCCGCAGGGGGGCGCUGUGCCUCGCCCACCGUAGCAGUGGUGCGGCCCCUGGAGCAGUUCGGCUGGUACCUCGAGUCAGAGCUGUGCAAGGUCGCGGACCCCGGUGACGAGCUCGAGCCCAUGUUCCUCGGGCCUCAGGCGCUGAGCAUAAAGGAUGGGCAUGGUGCUCGGCAGGCCCCCAACCGCCAUGAGAGGCGGAGGCUCAGCAGCAACCCCCUCCUGCUUCGGCCGUUUCUCGAGAACGCCAUCGGGCGGCGGCUCGGGCGGCCAGGCAUCGAGCUGGGCGCGAGGGAGCAGCACGUGCGUGGUGCCCACGUCUCCAACAUGCACCGGGCGAUGCGCAACUGCAGGAGUCGCAAGCCAGCUGACGGCAGGCUCAACGGCAAGCUGUACCUCGAUGGCUCGACCAAGGCGCAGGCCGCUACGGCCGAGGUGCUUCCGUUGGCUGGAGCGGCCCUCGGCAUCGGCGCCCCCGCCAAGCGGCCAUGCCUGCAGAGCAGCCGCUCGACGGGGAGCAGCUCGACUACCAUCUCGGCCGCUGCUGUCGCUUUCAGCAUCCUGGGGCACACGCUCUGCUACGCCCGCGCAGGCGAAGACGCCCAGGAGGUCGUGGCCUGCUCCAGGUGCGGGGCCUACAAGGUGCUGGGCAGCCGCGCAGGAGCCAAGCCUCGCCUGAAGGAGCGGUGCCCAGGGGACAAGACGAGCACGGCGGGCAGGAACCAGCGCAGCCUGUGGGCGCGAGGGCUCCAUCCUGGAGGCAGGCCACGAGCGGACAAGCAGAGAGUGAAGGGAGAGGGCAUCCCCGCCCUGCGUUCGCAAGGGCCAGUGCCAGGGCACGCCCAGGAGCGCUACCUUGAGUGGUUCGACAUGAAGGCGGAGUCUGCAGGCGGUGCCUCGACUGCAGCCAGCAGCGCAGGCAGAGGCCCAGCUGCUCCCGCGGCAGUGCUGGCGGCGGAGGUGGCGGAUGCCAGCGUGCCCCUGCAGCAGCCAGCUUCGAAGGGAGCUGAGCGUCUCGGCAUGCGCGGAGACACCGAGGGGAGGUUGGCCGCCGCGAGCAGCACG